AUGCAUAAACAUAACAAAUCCAAUAAAUAACAAUAACAUAAAGUGAAAAUUACGGUUAUUGGUAAUAUGGGAGUUGGCAAAACUUAAUUAAUAAAUAAGUUUUGUGACUAUCUCAAUUCAAAUUAGUAUGUAACAUCUCAAGAUAUACCCAUAAACCUAUUAAAAGGGAGAGAUUUCCAAUCAAAAACUAUUGUUCUCUAAAAUAAAAAUUUCAUGUUAAAUCUAUAAGAUACGUCAGGAGAUCAGAAAUUCCAAGUAGUAACAGAGGUUUUUAUAAAAGGAGCUAAUGCAGUAAUAAUUGUUUUUGAUCAACAUAAACUCUCUUCUUUUCAAGAUGUUAAAUAUUGGAUUGAUUUAGUCAAUAAAAUAGACUCUAAAGUCUAACACAAAAUUUUAAUUGGUACAAUAUUUAAAUAGAUAUAGGAAAUAAGUGUGAUUUGGAAAAGUAAUUUUAAGAAAAUGAAUUAUAAUAGUUAAUAGAAGAGGAAAAUUUAUUAUACUAUGAAACAUCAGUUAAGGAAAACAUAAAUGUUGAGGUUUUAAUAUCUAGAAUAGUGGAAUUGGUUUCAGAGGAUUAUCCUACAAGUGAUGAAAUAUAAUAAUUGAGUUCGAUCAUUCUAGAAUAACAUAAUAAAUCAAAAAUAAGAGAUUAUUGUUGUAAUAAUUGUGUAAUUAUGUGA